AAUAGGUAGGAUCUUUCUUCCUUAAAUCUUUAUAUUCAUAGGAAUGUUCACAUGAGAUAGCUUCAUUUGACAUUGUUUUGUUUUCUAAAUUGUACGCACUAUGUACACUUUGUCCAAAAUUCCAGAGUGCGGAAAAAAUUUCGUCGCAAAACAAAGUGCGCAAUGCGCACUCUACAUGAAGUUCUCAUUAGAAACACUGCAUUCAUCCUAAAUUUUUGUUAUAAUUUAUAUUUACUUUUCAUUUACAUAAUGAAAUUUGUAACAAUUUCAUAAACAUUAUUUCUUACUUAUUUUAACUUUCGAUAUUUUUUUUUUUGAUAUUUUUCUUCGACAUUUAUCCAUUCAUUCAUUCAAUAGUUCAUAGGUAUUUAAAACGAGAAUUGUAGAGACGUUUUCUCGAUGUCAAAUAGUUUUAUUGAAAUAAUGAAUUCAUAAUUAUCAAAUCUCUUUCUUUUCUUGCCUAAUUUUCUAUUAAAACUCAAUUCAGAUGAAUUUUAUUUUAAUUCACCUAAAUAAAAAAAACAAAAAUGGGCGAUAGUUGACGUUUAUUAAAAUUGAUUUUUCUUUGUUUUUGUUCUCGUCUAUAUUGUCAUCUAUCUAUCACCGUCUAUCGCAAAUGAUUUGUAGAUUCAUCAUUCAUUUAUUAUCCAUUCUAAAUAUCAAUAAUUUAACAAGAUCUAUGCAUUUUUCAAAAGUGAAAUUAGAAGUUUUUCAAUGGCUUUAUUUUUUGUGUGCAUAUAAUAAUAUACUGUAUUGAAAAUGAAAAUAAAAUGUGAUUAAAAUAAAAAUACAAAAACAACACGUAUACAAAAAAGAGUUUUAUAUAUCGGUUGAAACAUUGUAAACAAAUAUAACCACACACGCAGAUUUACAUACAACUCUUUUCUCUCGAACAACUAAGACAUUUCUUUCUCCUACGAUAUUCAUAACAAAUAUAUCGUUAGACCGUAGUUUUGAUUUUUCGAGACUUAUGUUAACAAUAUCUUAUCUAAAUAAACAAUAAGGAAGAAUAUUUGCAUUUCUUUUGUAUUCUUAUGUUGCAACAUAGGUUUUCGAUAUAUUUAUACGAAUUUUAUCAAGAAAGUUUUUUAAGUUAUUACAUAUGGCGGAUACUCCAAUAAGUGCUAGUAUUCCGAGAGCAUGUAUAUUGUGAUGAAUAGACAUUGUAAAAAACAAUAUUAAUUGAAAACAGAUUCAAGUCAAAAUUUUUUUUUGAAUACAUUCUUAAAGUGUAUAUUAGCUCAUUGUUAUUGUUCAAAUCGUUUUUGACAAAAUUGAUUGUGUUUAAGUACAGAUUUAUGAAAGACUCUACAGCUCUAUCCUAAGAGGAUCUUUCGUAGUAUCAUUUUUUAAAUUUAUGAGGUAAUAUGAACAAAGCUUAUAUUAAUAUUCAACUAUAGAAUAACAUAUUUCUUUGGAUCGAAGAAUGCAAACUUUAUUGAUAGAGAAAAAUUUUGUUUUAUCAACAUGAGAAAGUGUCAAUCAAUUUCAUUGUCUAAAAUGAGAAAUAUAACAACUAUUCGUCGUCUGAUGAUACAUGAUGGUACAGUGCUUCGAAAUUUGAUAUAAUAUUUUCCGCGUUAGCAUAGUCGCUGCUGUUGUUAGUGAUACAAUUCAAGAAACAAGUAAAAAUCUCAGAAGUGAUAAUCACAAUCAAUAAAGUUGAUGCUUUCUCUGUGAUUGAUGGAAAACAUUCAUUUUUUUUAUAGUGAACUUUUUGCAUCGAGACUUCUAUUUAACCAAGAGUCAAAGUAAAAAUAAUCAUGCAGAUCCCAACAGUGGCUGUGGAUGUGGGUGUAAGUCUUUCAUUUAAUCAAAACCACACCCAUAGUCUUAUUGACAUACAAAGUCAUAAAUGGAUGUCAAAAAUUUAUCCACAAGGUAAUAUUAUUUGAUACAUGGUACAGAAUCCGAUGAUCAGUUAUUAAAACUAAUGGGGUGUGUAAGUUUUUUUGUUAAACUUUCAAAAAGAUUUUUUUAGAGUAAAAUAUGAAGAAUCAUGUUGGUCAUUAACUCCCUCAAAUCAAAGCACAACAUCAACUGUUAUACCGACAUCAGCUAUUGAUGAUUUAAUGAUUAAUUGUAUAUCACAACCAAUUAAACUUGAUGAUCAUAUUUUAAUAAAUGAACCACGAUCACCUACGGAAAAAAAAUUUCAGAAAAACUGCGAUCUCAAAAACCACGGUCUCAAGCGGUUUCAAAGAAACACAUAG